AUGGACGCGCUGGCCGCUGCUGAGGCAAGCCUGCAAGAGCAGGCGUUAGCCAUCAAGCCGUUCCUGGUGCGGCAGCCCAUUCCUGGAGAUGGAAACUGCCUCUAUAGGGCGGUGGCUUAUCAAACUGCUGCCGGUGAGGCUGUGCAUGGCGAGCUGCGUCGCCAAAGCGUGCACGCCGCAGGUCGGCAUUGGCGGCGCUAUGCCUGCUUCAUGGAAGGCGAAGAUGAAGCAGCUGUUCUUGCCUGGGGGGAGAACAUGAAGGCAAAUGCCUGCUGGGGAGACCACAUGUCCUGCCGAACUUUGUCCGAUUUCCUGGGGCGGCCUUUGGUAGUCUGGCGACAGGCAAAUUUAGACCAAGCACCUGCUUGCUUUGUGCCUCAUGCCUUGGGGCACUUGGGAGACGUGACGCCCAUCUAUCUGCUUUUGGAUGAGAGGCGCGCAGGGUGUGAGCAUUACAGUGCUUUGGUUCCAGGUGCGGGAGCUGGCGCCGGGCUUGAGCCGGUUGAAGAUGGUGGAAGGCCGGCUGGCAGUGAAGGUGGCAAAGGAUGGGUUCGCAGGCGCUUGCCGCCUUCUUUUGGUCUUGCUCCCAACCUUGGACCUUGGUCGCGGCAUGGGCUGGACAUGGACACCAUGGAGCUUUUGCUUGCUGAUCAAGACAAUGGUAUGACGCCCAAAGACAUAGUAGCCAAAUAUUUUCCGAAGAAUCCAGAGAAGCUUCGACCUGUGCGCCGCUGGGGAAAAGCAGACAAAGAUCGUAUUCGGGACGAAUUUCAGCGUCACAAAAGAGCUGCAGAGUUAGAUUUCCGCGGCCAAUCGCGCAAGCAAGCUGCAUCUGUAGUUGCUGUGGGUAGGACGAAAUUGGAUGUCUUGCGGCGCGCUUCUACUUCAGCUGCUGGUGCAUGUGACACAGCUAUGGGGUCAUGGCAAGCAGAAGCUGCAACGUUGCAGGCGCGAUCCAGUGGCCUGCGGACUGCAGAGGAGGUUUGGGGAGAAGAAGCGCUGCAGCUCUUUUCUGUUCUGGAUGGUAUUCCUGGUCUGCCUGCAGCGUCCACUGCUACGGAGUCUUCUGCAGAAACUGUUGCCUUUUUACAUCGGUGGAUGCGUGUGGCUUCCUGGACCUUUUGCCCUCACUGUGGUCGUCGAUCUCCAACGGUUUCUCUGUCUUGGAAUUGGGCCAAGAAUGAAGCUGGGGCUGUUUGCAAGCCGUGUGUUGGAGGUUGUGACCCAACGCCGCAAUUCUUGGAAGGGCGACAAGAAGAUGCUACAUCCACCAAGAAGCUUCAAGCUUACAUUACACCACAAGCUGCAUAUUGGGAUGCCUUCAGAAAUUUCGUCUGCCAGAAUGAAAGCUCGACCUGGUCAGAUUUGUUUCUUCUUUUGCCCGAGAAGGACAUGAAGGCUUUAUCUCUCAUUGAGUUGAAGGUCGACUUUCAGACCCAGAGAGGUGGCAGGGCAGUGGUGACGAGCAAGCAGAAGAAAUCAUUGGUGCGAGCUGCUUGGAAGAACCAUGACGUGGAGACCCAGUUGCCCAGUGAAGCUAGUUGCAGGGCCUUCCAAUUUUUGCGGGAGCACAAUUCGACUUACAGGCACUUCUUGGAAAUGCAUCGGGCCUUGCUGGUCCGUGGCCAAGUGGAAGCUGCUGUGGACUGGCGGUAUCCGCGCACCGCGGAGUUGUUGCUGGGGAUGCCUGGCAUAGAGGUGGCCGCGCGCCCUUUGCUUUACAUUUCAGCUUGCUUUGCAGAGACAGAUCUUUCUGAGCGCUUGAAACUCGCGGGGGUGAUUAAUCCCAAGUCGACACCAAGCUUGAAGGAUGGUUGGCAAAGAAAAAUUUUGUGUCGAUCCUUGGAUUAUGGCAGGGACUUCAUUUUGAAAGCUUUGCUGUACGAUGUGAGCUUUGCUAAGACUAUCAGUGCUGUGGUGGCCACUGCAGCGCAUCAAGGCAUUUCUCCAGAUGAAGCUGCAGCCGACAUGCCUCAAUUUGAACAAUAUUGGCACAUAGAAACGCAAAAGCUGGAAGACGUUUGUCGGCAGAUGGAUGGCGAAAAGCCGAACCUCUUCUUUACUGUGGCCCCUGCAGAAUGGCAGUUUCCACUGCAUCGAUGGUUUCUGGAUCCUUUGGUGAAGCGCUUUGGUUUGAAAGAACCAGCUUUGAAAAAGUGGGGCAUUGAAGAGGUGCUGCACUACACUUACAGGUUCGAGUUCCAAAGCAGGGGCACUCUGCACGUGCACGCGGUGGCGUGGGUGCAGUAUUGCGCCGGUCAAGACUUGGAUGCCUUGACCGGCCGCAGCGGCGCCGAGAAGCCCGGGCGCUCUCCUUUAGUUUCCUUUCUGGAAGAUGUCUUUUGCUGUGGUGCUGUGGACGUGCAAUGUGGGAAGGGAGAACAUUGCCUUUUGAGAUACGUGGCCGGGUACAUCAGCAAAGCCUCUGAUGCGUUGAAGUUCCAAAAGGGCUCCUUCACCGGGGAUCGGAUCUAUGCGCCCAUUCCGGGGAGCGCGGCUGUGAAUAAGCACAGGCGUGCCUACUUGGCCUACCAGGAGUUGCAACACUCCUGUGAUGCCUCCGGAGUUUGGCACUAUGUGGUGAAAAGGCGCAACACGAGGGAAAGAGGGGCCAACAAAGUGUGCGCUGUGGCGGUGAACUUCCCCUUUGAGCUCUUGGACAUCUUCUUGGGCGCUUGGGGCACCAUGUUUCUGGCUGUUCCAGAGGCGGCCUUGGUGGCCACUGACCUCGAUCGGGUGCCGGACGGCACUGGGUAUUUGCAUGCCUUGCUGCAGCAUUGUGGCAAUGAUGCGCAAACAUUGUUGUCCGCAGUUGUGUAUGAUCUUCGUCUCCGCGGACUGGGCGACAACAGGAUCAGCACCUUCAAGGCGCGCAUCCAGGCCGCGGGGCUGUUGCUGCAGGCGGUGGCUGAAAGAAGGCAGCGGGCCAUGGAUUGGAGCGCCAGGCAAAUCUACCGGCCGCCUCGGCGCAUUUGGUCGCCGGAACAGCAAGAGGUCUUGGAUGCCAUUGCGAUGCUCUAG